AUGGCAAAAGGUCAGCUGGUUGCUACAGCGGUUUCAUUUGUCCAAAACAGCAGCUAUGAGAUCAACAACCGAGAGAGGAGGGACUUACUGAUUAGGUCAAAAAGAAGAUGGGUCCUAUCUACUAUUGAACUGGUUGAAGAGGACUCUGGACCUUUCCCAAAACCGCUUACACGGAUGUUCAACGACAAAGAAAAUCUUUAUAACCUGAAGUUCAGCAUCAGUGGCCAGGGGGUGACUGAACAUCCUUUAAAUUUGUUCAGCAUUAAUGACAGGACUGGUGAAGUGUAUGUCCAUGACACAAUUGACCGAGAAAACACCCCAAACUUCCACGUGAUGUUUGACGUGAUAGACAGAGCAACAAAUGAAUAUGUGGACAAGACUCUGGCUUUUGAUGUGGCUGUUGUGGACAUUAAUGACAAUCCUCCUGAGUUUAAACCACCCAUUUUACAUGCAACGGUUGAGGAGAACAUAAAAGAAGGUUUACUGCCUGUGUCUCUGGUUGUUCAUGAUAAUGAUGAGCCAGAAAAUGACAACUCCCGUAUCUCUCUGAGACUGGUAUCCCAAGAACCAAGCUCUCCCAAAAUCUCACUGCAGCACAUGGAGGACAGCAAGUCUACAGUAGAACAGAUUGUCUUCACUGGAUGCUUUGACUAUGAUAAAGCAAAAACAUAUAAGGUGCUUGUUGAAGCAAAGGAUCAUGGGACCCCCUCACUCUCCUCAACUGCAACUAUAACCCUUGACAUCUUAGACUCCAACUCUCACCAACCAGAAUUCAUCCAAAAAUCGUACACAGCUCAGGUGGUAGAGCUGACAACCAACCAGGAGAUUUUAAGAGUAGGCGUGACUGAUAAGGACACACCCAACACCCCUGCUUCAAAGGCGAUAUACACCAUUGUCAGAGGCAAUGAGGGUGGGAACUAUAAGAUAGAAACAGAUCCUGAGACCAACGAAGGGGUGUUGACUGUUAUACAGGCAAAAGAUUAUGAAACAACCACAAUAGCUCAACUAGAGAUUUCUGUACAAAAUGUGGAGCCUCUGUUUGUCUGCCAAGACGGUAAGCCAGGCGGAGCAAGCCCAGCCCCUAACAGCGUCCUCGUAAAUGUAACAGUAAUUGAUAUCAAUGACCCACCUAAGUUUGAGAAGGAGGUGCAUAAAGUAUACCUGAGAGAGGAGACAGAGCAUGGACAGCCGUUGUACAUCCCAAAGGUCUCAGAUGAGGACUCCGAUGUUAAUAAGAUCAGAUAUGAGUUAGUGCAGGACCCUGCGAACUGGGUUACCAUUGACAAGAAGACUGGAGUGGUUACAGCUGUGAAAAAGAUGGACCGCGAGUCACCAUUUGUAAAGGAUAGCAUUUACACUGUUGUUAUUGCUGCCAUUGAUGACGGGGAGCCUCCUGCAACAUCAAGCAGCACAGUCCUUGUCCAUCUGGGUGACCAGAAUGACAACAAGCCUCAUUUGGUGACCGACAAACUGAUCAUGUGUGGGAAUAAAGCUAACAGCGUGAACCUGAUGGCGGCAGAUCCAGACGAGCCUCCGUAUGGUGGACCCUUCAGUUUUACCAUCGCUGGAAAAGAUGAAGAACUGCAGAUGUGGAGGUUGGAUCCCAGCAUAGGUUUUAAUGCCACACUGAUCAGCCUACAGAGUCUGGCCUAUGGGAACUAUUCUAUACCCCUGAUAAUAGAGGAUCAACAGGGCUCUAAAGAUGAGAGUACACUUCAUCUGACUGUGUGUGACUGUGGUGGGGGAGAUGCAUGUCGUGGACGCAUGCCCAAAUCCACCAGAUUGGGUGGAGCUGGGAUUGGCACCUUGAUUGCUGGAUUGCUUCUUCUUGCAUUGAUCCUCUGUUUAUGCUUCCUGUGUGAGUGCAGAAGGAGUUUCAAGCACAUACCAAUCAACCUACAGGAUGAAGGCAAUCAAACCCUCAUCAAGUAUAAUGAGGAAGGAGGAAGCUCUAUCAGCAGGGCUGAACCCAGUAUAAUGAUGACAUCCAGCAAUAGUUUUGCAGUUAAGGACAUAAUGACACAAGAUGUCAUGCCGGGGUAUGCCAGUGCAUUUCAGCAUAGUGGCAGUCGAGAGCUAAAUGGUACAAUACGGGCCCAAGGAAGACCACUGAUGUCCUCAGGAGGGUUCCAGCAACUGACCGAGAGCAGUGCAACAUUAAUGAGUCAGGGCCAAGGCAUGGGAUUUCCUACCUGGGUACGGAGCAACACCCUCAGGAAUGGAUUUGCUAGGGCCUCCAAGUCUGUGAACAUGGUGUCAGACCAGUAUAUUGCUGAUCACAUUGACAGACGAGUCUGUGAGCUUGAUCUGUACCAGCUCGACACUGGACAUCUCCCUCAUGAAUACGCCUAUGAGGGGAGAGGCAGCAAAUGCCAGUCACUGGAUGAAUUAUCUCUAAGCCACUUUGGAGAUGAUCUGACCUUCAUGCAGAACUUGGGGCCAAAGUUCAGCACCCUUGGUGGGAUAUGUCAACAAGCCAUUGAGGAGAAAAAACUGAAGAAAUGA